CAACAUCACCUCAACUACUCGUUUCUUGAAACAAACGAAAUGGCACCUUAAUCCUACAACUUGAUCCUUGAAUUAGACAAGAUUCCAUCGCUCAAUGGCGGCAGACAACAGCAGCGACCGCUCCGCGCUGAAAGACUUCCUCACCUCAAUCGCAACGAUCAAAGGCGACCUAAGCAACAUCACCGCCCCGCCCUUCGUUCUAGCAGACAAAUCCACAACCGAACUCCCGCGCUACUGGAUCGAACACCCCGACCUCUUCUGCGCGCCCGCGUACGAAGAAAGCGCAGACAAGCGCCUCCUCGCCGUGCUCAAAUGGUUCCUCGCGAGUCUCAAAGGCCAACAAUACGCCGGGCGCGAACCACACGAAGGCGUCAAAAAGCCCCUCAACGCCUUCCUAGGCGAAAUCUUCACGGGAAGCUGCGGAGCUGAGGGCGAAGAGAGUCGGCUUGUGAGCGAGCAGGUUAGCCACCAUCCGCCCGUUACCGCGUGCUAUUUGUGGAAUGACACAGCGGGUGUGCGCGCGGAGGGCUACACGCGGCAGGAGAUUACGUUUUCCGGGUCGGUGAAUAUUCAGCAGCGCGGACACGCGGUCUUGCAUGUGGACAAGUUCGACGAGGACUACCUGAUUCCGCUGCCGAAUGUGAAGGUCAAGGGCAUUUUGACCGGAGGCACUUAUCCCGAGCUUACGGAGCAUUGCUCCCUCGUCUCCUCCGCGGGUUAUGUGGCGGACGUCGAUUUCUCUGGAAAGGGCUUCCUGGGCGUAGGCGGGCACAAGAACCAUGUGCAAGCGUCGAUUUUCAAGUCGGAUGGCGCGAAACAUAAGGAUCCUGUCUUCACGGUCGAAGGCAAUUGGAGUGAAAGUCUGACAUUCAAAGACGCCAGUGGGACCGUCAUCGAUACGUACGAUGUCACUACGGCCAAGUCGACGCCAUUCAACACCUCCUCUCUAGACCAGCAGGACGCCUGGGAAUCCCGCAAAGCCUGGGGAGACGUCAUCUCCUCCAUCCACCAGGGGAACAUGCAGGGUGUAGCGGACAGCAAGAACAGCCUGGAGAAUGCGCAGCGCGAGUUGCGCAAGCAGCCGCAGACGAGCGAGGAGAAGUGGGAGGCGCUCUUCUUUUGCAGGGUCGAUAGUGAUCCGGCGGCACAGAGGUUGCUGAAAAUUGCUGGGGAGCCGUUGGAUGCGAAGGACACGGGCGGCAUUUGGAAAUUUGAUGCUGAGAGGUGGGCGAAGAUUGAGAAGCCUUGGAGGGGCGCGUUGACGCCGCAUGGGUGAUUUAGAGAUAGACGAGAGUAAUGUUUAUUCCUCCUCUUCCUCCU